UUUAAGGCCUGAGUUUAAAGAGUGCGUUCGGUCAUCAUGAUGUGUGUGAAUAUGUAUUCGUCUUUUAUUUUAUUUUAUGCUGCUUUUAUUAUAUUGUGUCCAUCGAGUCUGGCGAUAGAAGUAGCUGUGUAUCGCCUAACUUACGGAGGUGUACCAGUUUAUAAUGGUUCCAGCUAUGGGCUUUAUUUUUACUCCGAUGACAAAAUUUUUAUACGCUUCGAAGUGCUCGACAUUGAGGACAACUUGCUUGUUGCACUGUACAGUGAUGACAAUUUAUUGAAAAACUAUUCUUUGGAGACCAAUAGAACACUAACGAAUGCAAAGAUGUUUAAUUUUAAAAGUACCACUUUAUUAAACAUCAAGUUGAAGAUAUGUACGAAAGAACACAUAUGCAUAUCACCCACCAUUGUCGAAGGAAGACGUGUUUCAGACGCAACUCCGCUCUCAGAAGCAGAUAGGGUUUGUUUAAACCGAGUUUGUGAAGUUAUAGUGAAUUUGACAGACAUCACAGCAGCCUAUGUCCUGGAAAGAAACGGAAUUAAUGUAAGCACAUCGACAGCGUCUACAACGACGAGGGAGCCGGUGACGAGCGUGCUCGCUGCUGCUGACCAGCCAGAGACAGUCGCCGCCAGUGAGAAUGAGUCACUCUACUGGACAGUGACUAUCGUCAUGGUUGCGGUAACAUGGGCGGCGGUGUUGCUGCUGGCGCUCAUCACAGUGGCCUGCAUACGUCUCUGUCGCGCGCGAACUCCCGGUCAGCCAGCUUCAGACCGCUUUUGGAAUCGGUUCUAUGUGAACUUGCUGCUGCGAGAUGAAUGCAAUGCGGAGAUACGCGAGCGUGAGCGACGCGAUGCGGAGAUACGCGAGCGCGAGCGACGCGAUGCAGAACUGGAAUAUAAUUACGUGUACGACCACCGAUACGCCCCUCGUACACAAAGAACUCGCUGAAUAGUGUUACACUCGGCAUCAAACCAACUCAGCUUACUGCGCCCACUGCUCAACGAUCCUUUCUCAUCUACGAAUUAUGUACUACAGGGGAAACGCCUUCUUUGCUAGAAACACGUCAAGCUUCAACAAACUGCCCCUUGAGUUGAUCUUU